GCAGUCGUGGGUGAACAGGGCGUACAGGAGGUGUAAGAAUAUGUUGAAGAUAAAUACAUAACGCAGAGACGGAGGACGAGAGGUCAAAAGGACGAGAAGUCAAUAGAGUAAUAACAAUUAAGGGAAAUUGUGUUUUUUCUGUAAUAGGGAAUUAUUGAUCACUGGUUCAGAGACAUGGGAGGAAUAUGUCUUCUGAAAUAGGAUACUUGUUAUUUGGCCAUUGGCAAGUUUUAUUGCAAGGAAUUCUAAUUGGUCAACCACAGGCUAGGGCUGGGUUAUAAAUCUACAUGCUUUCCCUUUGUUCUGUGGAGAGAAUCACUGAGAGAGCAUCACUGAGGACAGGGGAGAAUGACAAUCUACUUCCCCAUAUGAUUUGUCCUCUUUGAACAAACCUAUUUUCCUCCCCCUGAUUUGCUUUGGAGUUUGUGUUAUUGAAGAAUAACAUAAAUUGCUAACAGAGGCAGACGCCCCCGUGUUGGUCAACGUGGCGAAUGUGUUGUUGCCUACCCUGGAUGAUUGACUUCUGUGGGGUUAAUGCGUGAAUAAUGUGAUGACCCUGUAUCUACAAAUCUUUUUAAAACCCUGUUUUAGCUGUGUGUGUGCAAUUUGGUGCCUCUAUCACCAAAGUUACAAUCCAAAAACAUAGCUGCCUUACUACAUGGAAUUUUAUGGCUCAGCUUCCAACAUUAUAACAUCUAUGGCACAAUAUGGGCCAAUAAUUGAAGGUAGUGCUUUCAAAGUGGGUUAUAUUAUAUAUCAUUUGUAAGGUAAUUUCAUGACCUUUCAGAACCACUUGUCAAACAAAGUUUCAAAUGUAUCAGGGGUUCAUUUUUAAAGAAACUUAUACAUGUAAUUCUGAUAUGUACCCUAGAGGUCAAAGGUCAAAGUUAUAUUGACCUGAGCAUUCCCGAAAAAAUGUCAGAUGGAUAACUGUGAAUCUAAACGUUCCAAUGAUAUAUGAUUAGAGGGUAUAUGUGAGCAAUAAAUUGUUGAUUGAUAUAUAAGUUGAUCGAUUACAUUGGUUAAUUGAUUGGUUGAUCAUGCCAAAAUAUUUCUGAUCAUACAAUACCACCAGUCCAGAUCGCAGCGGCAUGCCUGAAGCAGCUGAAAACUACAACUCCCAGAAUACCUUUCACAGGAAUAAACACGAAGAAGCGAGUGCAGCCCCAGGAGCAGUGGUAUGACAUCACAUGAGACAACAAGAAGGAACUGCCUGACAUCAUUCUCAAAAGAGUCCAAUCACGUGCCAGAAGACGAUGCCCAACCGCUGUGUGGCGUAUGGGUGUGGCAAGUCGUGGGAUGAUGGUGUUACUCUGUACAAUUUCCCCAACAAUGACACAGAGGAGUUUCACAAAUGGGAGAAGCAGGUCCAGCGGACACGGAGCAACUGGACCGCCUCGCCGAACUCCCAGCUUUGCUGUGAACACUUCGGUAAGGAGUGUUUUGAAAACAAGCCCUACCCCGUCCUUAAGGCUCUCGCUGCCAAAGGACAGCUGAAGCUGAAGUAUGGGGCUGUCCCCACAGUGUUCAUACGGCCCCCCUGCACCUCCUGUGAGGGCUUCGGCUGCAACGUGUGCACCCCCAAAGCCCAGAGACGUGGCGUCCCUGUAGAACCACAGGAAUAUGACACGGAGGAUGUUGAGGGGGGCCCUCUGCAGUCGGAUGACACUGACGCAGAGGAUGACGAUGAAGAUGACGACGAAGAUGAAGAUGAUGAAGAUGAGAUGGAUGAUUCUUUUGGAGAUUACUACUCUGCUCUCACUAUAGAUGACGGACCGGUGGUGUGUGAGAUGUGUGGCUUCAGCGGGACCAGAGACACCUUCUAUUCCAAGACCAAGCGUUUCUGCAGCGUCUCCUGCUCCAGAGCCUACUCCUCCAACUGCAAGAAGUCCUCUAUCCUGGCACGACUUCAGGGAAAGCCUCCCACCAAGAAGGCCAAGGUGCUGAUUAAGACUGCCUGGUCCACUCAGAUGGGGAACAUGAUUGCUUCUCUGGGAAGCAGUCAGGACAACAGCUCCAGCUCUACUGGACAGGAUGUUGCAGCAACAGGAAACUUUGACUGGGGUGCUUACCUGGAGAAGGCAGGCUCUCUUGCUGCUUCAGUGGCCUGCUUCAGACAUGCGCCACUCUGUGCCCAGUGGGAUGACAUCACAGUGAGGUUAAAGGUAGAGGUCCUGAACACUAGUGCCAUCCUGCCCAGUAAAGUGUAUUGGAUCGCCAGCAUCAUCCAACUUGCAGGCUAUAAAGCUCGGUUGAGGUACGAGGGCUUUGAGGAGGACAGCAGCCAGGACUUUUGGUGCAGCCUGGGUUCUGGAGACAUGUACCCUAUCGGAUGGUGUGCCAUGACCGGCAAGCUGCUGGUGCCACCACAGGCUGUGCACCAGAACAUCUCUGACUGGAAGGAGUACCUGAUGAACCGGCUGGUUGGAGCCAGAACUUUGCCUGUGGACUUCUAUAUGAAGCUGGCAGAGAGUAUGAAGUGUCCGUUCCGUACUGGCAUGCGUGUGGAGGUGGUGGACCGCACUCUGGUGAGCCGAACACGGCUGGCAGUGGUGGACACUGUGACCGGAGGCCGCCUAAGACUGGUCUAUGAGGACGGGGAGCAGGAGGCCAAAGGGGAGCCCCUCUCUGACGUCUGGUGCCACAUGUGGAGCCCCCUUCUGCACCCAGUGGGCUGGUCCAGCAAAGUGGGCCACGUCAUCAAACUGGCUGACGUUGACCACCCAACAUUCCGUAAGGUGUACUGUGACAGCGUCCCCAUGCUGUUUAAGAAGCCCAGGACUGUGUACAUGGAAGGAGGCUUCUUUGAGGUGGGAAUGAAGCUGGAGGCCAUCAACCCUGUAAACCUGGGCAACAUCUGUGUGGCCACUAUACACAAGGUGCUGUUGGAUGGCUAUCUGAUGGUGGGCAUUGAUGGCACAGAUGGGUCGGGUGAUGGGUCUGACUGGUUCUGCUACCAUGCUUCCUCCCAUGCCAUCCUACCCAAGGGAUACUGCCAGAGACACAACAUACAGCUCACACCACCCCCUG